ACAUCAAUCGAGUAGGAAAAGACAUAGGAGAUCCAUGAAAUAUUAAUCAACAAUGGCCGCUAAAGCUGAAAGUAGUGAUGAGAGUGGGGUGAAGCUACUCAGUGGUAUCAAUGACCAGUACGGAGGUGUCAUCGUCGACAUCAUCGAUCCUAUCGACCCUGCCUCCUUCCUUUCAUUUCUUACGUCUUCAAUUGCACAUUGGAAACUUGAGGGCAAGAAGGGUAUUUGGAUCAAAUUGCCCAUCCAGCGAGUCAAUCUUGUUGAACCUGCAGUGAUGAAAGGAUUCUGGUAUCACCACGCAGAGCCUACUUAUUUGAUGCUGGUAAAUUGGAUUCCUCCUUCCCCGCAUACUCUUCCAGCAAAUGCUUCCCACCGAGUCGCAAUUGGUGCAUUUCUCCUCAAUCAAAACCGAGAGGUGCUAGUAGUCCAAGAAAAGAGCGGAAAGUUCGAGGGUACAGGUGUGUGGAAAUUCCCUACAGGAGUUGUCGAUGAGGGAGAAGAUAUCUAUGCAGCUGCUGUGAGAGAAGUAAAAGAAGAAACUGGAGUUGACUCAGAGUUUGUGGAAGUCCUAGCGUUCAGACAAAGCCACAAGUCAUUUUUUGAGAAAUCAGAUUUAUUUUUUGUAUGCAUGUUGCAAGCCCUUUCCUUUGACAUCCAGAAGCAAGAACAAGAGAUAGAAGCAGCCCAGUGGAUGCCAUUUGAAGAAUAUGCUGCCCAACCCUUUCUCCAGAACAAUGAGCUUCUAAAGUACACCAAUGCAAUAUGCAAGGCAAAAAUGGAGGGGGAGUAUUCUGGAUUUUCUCCGGUAGCUACAACUAGUUCUUCUGAUGAGAAGAGCUACUUGUACUUGAAUAGUAGUAGGGCCCCAAAGAGAGAAAGUAAAGUUGAUGUGUGAUUCUAGCUACCUCUUGAUAGAUAUUAUAGUCGAUCAAAGACAUUUUGCAAUGGAACGAGAGUCGACAGUGAAGUUGAAAGAUUCAUGUUGUAAUCAAAGAAGCCAAUCUGACUCCUGUCCUUCAUCUUUCUAGCAUGUAAAGAGAAUCAAUGUGUUAAA